AUGGCAUCAAUUGAUCAUCUCGACGACGACGAUGAUUUUGGAGGCGAUUUUUCAGGAGGCAACAGUACGAGGCGGCCAGCUAAUAAGAGAAGCUUUGGAGAGCUUGACGAUGAUGAAGAUGAUAUUUUUGGCUCAAAAAAGGCUAACCAGAAAGUAGAAGAGACUGCACCAGGCGUGGCAACAGGAAUGAUUUUAUCUCUUCGCGAGAGUCUUCAGACCUGUAAGAUUGAACUCAAAGAUUGUCAGACAGAACUUCAGGAGGCUAAGUCUGAGAUUCAAGAAUGGCGUUCAUCUUUUCAGAAUGAGUACUUCAUACCCUCAGGCGCAACUCUUGACCCAAAAUUAGUAGUCAACUACCUUCAGAACCUGAGAUCCUCUGAGGAGUCUCUCCGAGAGCAGCUUGAGAAAGCAAAGAAAAAAGAAGCUGCAUUCAUUGUGACCUUUGCGAAACGGGAGCAAGAGAUAGCUGAGUUGAAGUCUGCAGUUCGAGAUUUGAGAGCUCAACUCAAACCACCGUCAAUGCAGGCAAGGAGGUUAUUACUGGACCCAGCAAUCCAUGAAGAGUUCACACGAUUGAAGAACUUGGUGGAAGAGAAGGAUAAAAAAGUAAAGGAGUUGCAAGAUAAUAUUGCUGCCGUCAAUUUCACCCCACAAAGUAAAAUGGGGAACAUGUUAAUGGCAAAAUGCAGGACUCUGCAAGAAGAAAAUGAUGAGAUUGGUAACCAAGCUAACGAAGGAAAGAUGCACGAGCUAUCAAUGAAACUUGCUUUGCAAAAAUCUCAGAAUACUGAACUCAAAAGUCAUUUUGCAGGAUUAUGCAAGCAAGUGGAAGGACUGACUAACGACGCGGAAAGAUCAAAUGAAAUGGUGGUUAUCUUGCAAGAGAAGCUUGAAGAGAAAGAAGAUGAGAUAAGAAGAUUAAAGGAAGAGUUGCAGCAGAAGAGAAUGGUAGAGGAUAAGACAGAAUUAGCUUCUGAUGACAUUACCAAUAACGAGGGAGUUCCACCAGGGGAAGUGAAAACUGAAGACCAAUGA